GAGAGUCUCUGCUUCUGCUCCACUACACCGCCAUACACUAACAUUUCAUAAAGACUUGUUUUUUUCCCUCCUUUCUUAUAGUUUAUACCUAUAGUUUUACGAUUCUCUGGUUACAGGUUCUUUAUCUUGAUAUUGUGAAAAAAGGGUCUCAGUAAGCACACACGAAACAAGUAAAAAAAUCAUUGUCAAACCCAAGUUUCAAAGUCUUCUGUAUUUAAAAAGAAAAACUUUUAUCUUCUUGUUAUAUUUUGUUUUUUUGGUUUUUGACAAGUUCUUCAAUGGCACCCAGUUUUGAUUGUCUGGUUUCCAGCCUUCUUUGUUCAGAAGACAACUUCACUUUUGAUGAUAACGAUUGUGGGUCUGUGGUGGAUGAGGUUCAAGAUGAUGGUACUGCAUGGUACCAUAGUAACCAUCAAAACCAUGACCAAAACCAUGACAAAAACCAUGACCAAGACAAGUGCUUUGAUGGCUGGGAUGAGUUGCCAUUGCAGAGUGAUGAGUGUAUAACUUCAAUGGUUGAGAAGGAAUGCCAACACUUGCCUGGUAUUGAUUACUUGGAAAGGCUAAGGAGUGGGGGUUUGGAAUUCGGGGCUAGAAAGGAGGCUCUUGGUUGGAUUGGAAAGGCAAAUGCUCAUUUCAGCUUCGGACCUCUUUGUUCGUAUCUGUCAAUAAGCUACUUGGAUCGGUUCCUAUCAGCCUAUGAUAUACCAAAGAGCACGGUUUGGACUGCGCAAUUGCUGGCUGUGACAUGCUUAUCUCUUGCAGCCAAAAUGGAUGAGACUGAAGUCCCACUAGCUCAGGAUUUACAGAUGUGUGACUCCAAAUUUGUGUUUGAACCUAUAACCAUACGAAGAAUGGAGCUUCUUGUGUUGAGCACAUUGAAAUGGAGAAUGCAAGCUGUUACACCUUUCUCCUUCUUGGACUAUUUCCUUCGGAAGAUCAAUAACGAUGAAACCCCUGCUAAAACCUCUGUGCAACGAUCGAUCCAACUCCUUUUGAGCACAGUCAACGGAAUUGACUUCUUGGAAUUUAAGCCUUCAGAGGUUGCAGCGGCAGUGGCAAUAUCUGCUCUGGCAGAAACCAAUACAGUGGACACUGAGAUAGCCGUCUCUGUGCUUAUGCAAUAUGUUGAAAAGGAGAGAGUGCUGAGAUGUAUUCAAUUGAUUCAAGAUUCUCAAUUGAAUAAUGGGUCUAAUGGUUUGGUCCGGUCUGUACCACAAAGUCCAAUAGGGGUAUUGGAUGCUGCAUGCUUUAGCUAUAAGAACGAUGGCACAACAGUUGGGUCAUGUGCUAAUUCUCCUCACAGUAACUCAGACAACAAGAGAAGAAGGCUAAACAUACCUUAUGAGGUGGUGGAACCUUAAUUACUAAAUCAUGGGACCAAAAAUACGAGUGAGGAUAUCACUUCUCACCAAGAAAAUACCAACGUGUUCUUCUGUUACCAAGAACUUUUGGUGUGUUUUUGCCAAAAGAAAAAAAAAGAAAAAAAAAAGAGAGAGAUAAAGAAAAGAAAAAAAAAAUAUAAUAAAAAGAGGAUAUAGGAGAAAAGAUGGCCAAGGGGAAUACAUACAUACAAGCUAUCUUUUUUCAAGCCACGAGGAAGAAAUGUCAUCAGCUGCUAAAUAUUUGACCUCUUAACAGCCGAGACAGUAGUCACAGUAGCGGUUCAGAUUAAACUUUAAAAGAGAAGAGGAGAAAAAAAAGAAAAAAAAAGUGAAAAGUUUAUUUUAAUUUGUCAGUAAGGUAUAGUUUGCCUUGGGGUUUAAAUCAACCAUAGGAAUAGAAAAAGAAAAAAAAAAAAAAGAAGAAGAAGAAAUAGCGUCGUUGUUGGAGGAACUUAGUACUAAUAUUAAUGUUAGUGGUUUAUUUUUUUUAAAUUUUGCUAUAUUUAGAUUUUAGUUUGUGUCAAUGAUCCACUGUAUCCAGAAUCCUAUCAGCAGUCCUUGGUUUGACUGUUUGUCUAGCUUUGACCCUGGAGUUUGCAGCUUUGCUUAUAAA